AAGCGCCGUCCGCGCCGCGCUCGAGUUUGUAUCUCUCACUUCGACCACCACCUUCCCCUUCAUCCCUCAACUCUCGACUUUCAGCAGGCCUGCGCGCUGUGCACCAUUCAUAUUGUAUCUGGAACGGAGGAAAAAGACUAGUAUUCGCUACCUCGGAACACGCAUUCUUCCUGUAUCAUACUUGCCUGUAAGAGCCCCCUCGUUUCCCUCUACUCUCUUCGGAAACGUACCUUUGUCUCUUCUAAAAAGCUAUUUUCUGACCUGUCCCUCCUCUGAUCCUGUUGCAUUUGCCUCUUUCCUGUCACCGUUGAUACUCAAAAAAUCCUGUCGCUCUCAUCUUGUAUAGAACAAGAGACACGAUUUUUACACAUCCUCGCGCUCUGCUCUAAGUCUCGACAACAAAAAAUCAUGCCUGGUGAAGACGAUUUCGAUAUCUAUGGAGAAGAUGAGGGUUUCUCGAAGCCUGUAGUGUCGCUUGAAGAUGAUCCCGCAGAUGAGUCUCAACCUCGGUCCAGCUCCCCUGUCGUCGGAGAGAAACGCCCUCGAGAAGAUGAUGAAUCUGAGCAGCAGCGAACACCUCAACUCGACCAGAAGCCUGUACAUCUUCAACGGUCUCCCUCGGGCAUGCGAAGUCCUAGCCUCAGCAGUAACACCUACAGCGCCAAUGGUCAAUCGAAAGACAUGGUCGUCAGCCAUACCCCUUCCGGCCAAGGGAACAUGGACGCGUUGUAUAUCGGAGACUUGCAAUGGUGGACGACUGAUGAGGACCUUCGACAAGUCGCGCUUAACGUCGGCGUCACUCUUGACCAUAAAGACAUCACCUUUUCCGAACACAAAGUGAACGGUAAGAGUAAAGGAAUUGCCUAUAUCGAAUGCCAUAGCCACGAAAACGCAGUUGCAAUCAAGAACUUCUUUGACAACAAUGACUUCCAGAAUCGAAGGGCAACGGCGAACCUCACUAGCUCAUCACAAGGCAAUCCUUUCCGUACUCUACCCAAAGAGCCUCCACCGCGAGAACACCGCCAAGUUACUAACGUGCAAGCAGGUGGUACUGGCGGUAUGGCCCGCGGUGGUAGCUACCGUGGCGGGAUGGCGAGUACAAACGUCGGCAUGAGCAUGCGUGGUGGUAUGACUAGCGGUGGUGCAGGUGGUAUGAUGCGUGGAGGUCUGCCUGCAGCCAUGAUGAGCGGAAUGGGCACCAUGGGUAUGGGAGGCAUGCCGAUGGGAGGAAUGGGAAUGGGAAUGAACGCCAUGGCCAAUAUGGCCGGCAUGAACAUGGGUAUGGGUAUGGGUGCUAUCAAUCCUGGAUUCGUCAGUAACGCUAUGGGUACUUCAGGCGGGUUCGCGGGUGGAAGGGGAGGCGGUAUGAUACCUCAAGGCCCGAGGGGCGGCGCCGGCAUGAUGGGUGGUGCUGGUGCGGGAGGUGGUGCGGGAGGCUUUGGAGGACGAGGGGGUGGUAUGAUGGGCGGCAUGGGUAUGGGCAUGAUGCCGAUGGGUGGAAGAGGUGGAUUCUCGAACGUUCAAGGACAUUUCAACCCAGCGUUCAUGCAAGGGGGCGGAGGCGCGGGAGGUGCUGGAGGACAGUUUGGGCCUGACGGACCGAGAAAGAGAUUCAAGAUGGAGGGGAACGAGUAGUUGCUUUUGUUUGCAGUUUCGUUCGUUCGCUCGUUCGAAUAUUGUUGAGUCUGUACGUUUCUUCUUCCGUUCAUCCUGCAUAUCAGUUAUUUCCCUGUAGUUCGUACAAUACCUCUCCCCCGCUCUGUUGUGCUCUCGUUGUCUUUUCUUUUAUUUUCUUGUUGUCAUCUCUUAUUCGAUUGCAUUAUAAAUAAUCUCCCAAUGUGUUCGGUUGCAUUCUGAAUACCAACUAUUGUAUUACUCUGUGACAUGUGUGCACUGUGAGUUUGGUUGGGACCAGCAAAAUAAAGGGC